AUGGCCUCCCGGAGCCUGGGGGGCCUGAGCGGGAGCCGCGGCAGCAAGAAGAGCCUGAGCGCCCGCAACGCUGCGGUUGAGAGGAGGAACCUCAUCACUGUGUGCAGGUUUUCUGUGAAGACCUUGAUUGAUCGGUCCUGCUUUGAGACAAUUGAUGAUUCUUCUCCUGAAUUUAACAAUUUUGCAGCUAUUUUGGAACAGAUUCUAAGCCACCGGCUAAAAGGUCAAGUAACCUGGUUUGGUUACGAAAGUCCUCGUAGUUUCUGGGACUAUAUCAGAGUGGCUUGCCGGAAAGUCUCACAGAAUUGUAUCUGCAGCAUUGAAAAUAUGGAAAAUGUCAAUUCCUCUAGAGCCAAGGGUAGAGCCUGGAUCAGAGUAGCACUCAUGGAAAAACAUUUGUCUGAAUAUAUCUCUACAGCUCUGAGAGACUUCAAAACAACCAGGAGAUUUUAUGAAGAUGGAGCAAUUGUCUUGGGUGAGGAAGCAAAUAUGCUUGCUGGCAUGCUGCUUGGACUCAAUGCUAUUGAUUUCAGCUUCUGCCUAAAAGGAGAGGGAUUGGAUGGCAACUUUCCUGCUGUAAUAGACUAUACACCAUAUUUGAAGUUUACUCAAAGCUCUGAUAGUAUCAGCAGUGAUGAGGAAGAGCUAAGGACUUUGGGAAGCAGUGGUAGUGAAAGCAGCACUCCAGAGACUGUCGGACCUCCUUUCAUCAUGGAUGAGAACAGUUGGUUUAACAAGUGUAAGAGAGUUAAACAAAAGUAUCAACUUACCCUGGAACAGAAGGGUUACCUUGAAGAGCUCUUAAGACUUCGAGAGAACCAACUAUCUGAAUCAGUGUCCCAGAAUAAAAUACUACUUCAAAGAAUUGAAGAUUCUGAUCUGGCCCAUAAACUGGAGAAGGAACAAUUAGAGUAUAUAAUUGUGGAGCUUCAAGAUCAGCUGAAAAGUUAUCAAAGCCUUGACCAGUUAUCAGCUGAAGUUAGCCUUUCUCAGACCUCGCUUGAUCCAGGCCAGUCGCAAGAAGGAGAUGGGAAACAAGACACAUUAAAUUUAAUCACUGAAGGUAAAGAAGACACUCCCUCAUUACUUGGGCUCUGUGGGUCUCUAACAUCAGUAGCAAGUUACAAGUCUCUAACAAGCCUAAAAUCUAAUGACUACCUUGCAAGCCCUACAACAGAGAUGACAAGUCCAGGCCUGACUCCAUCUUGAAAACAUUUUAUGUAAAAGCCAGAUGUUUUUAAGUUGUAAAUGUUCAGUUUAUGUAAGUUUGACUACUGGGAAGACCUUUGAAGUUUUAUGUUGUUCUGGCACAUGUCUGGAAUUCCAUUGCUCAAAUUAUUAGAGUUCAGUCUACCCCAUCUAAACUUACAAGUGAAAACCGAUGAUCCUAACCAUUUUUCAUUUUCAAAAUUCCCAUCUUUAUUAUUGAAGAAUGUCAUUGAGGUUUUAAAAAUGAAUAGGCUUACACAAAACCUUUAAAAAGA